GCCCGGAAGUCACGGGCUAUGGAGGGUCACUCUGCAGACGGCGGUCUAUGUCAGGAGGAAUCAGGGGCGGAGGAGGCCGACCCCCAGGGCGUGGGCUGGAGCGGGGAUAGCGGCAACGUGUCCCAGAGCCAGAGCAGCGCCUCGGGGCCGUGGGAGGACGAGGGCCCGGAGUUGGGCGCGCCGGGCCGCGACCUGCCGCUGCUGCGCCGCGCCGCAGCGGGCUACGCCGCCUGCCUGCUGCCCGGCGCCGGAGCGCGGCCGGAGGUGGAGGCCCUGGACGCGAGCCUGGAGGAGCUGCUCACCAGGGUGGACGAGUUCGUGGGAAUGCUGGACAUGCUGCGCGGCGACUCCUCCCACGUCGUCAGCGAGGGCGUGCCUCGCAUCUACGCGAAGGCCACCGAGAUGCGGCGGGUGUACGGCAAGAUCGACAGACUCGAGGCCUUCGUCGGCAUGGUCGGCGCCAGCGUGGCCCGAAUGGAAGAGCAGGUCGCCAAGGCAGAGGCCGAGCUGGGGUCUUUCCCCAGUACGUUCCGGAAACUACUGCAUACGAUUCCCGUGCCUUCCAUUUUCAACAAGGCGCCCCCAACUGGGCCCCGGCAGACUCGCUACGAGCCCCCCGUCCUGUUUCGGACCGAGGACCACUUUCCCUGUUGCAGCGAAAGACCUCCGAUCUGAGUUGGCCGGACCACACUGCGAGAGGACGCUGCCUUCUCAGAUUAUCUCGAGUAUUAACUAAAUCGAUUGAAAAAUCCUGUUAAUAGGCAUAUGCUGUCGGAGUGCGGAAUUUUAAAGUUUAUUGUUUGCACACUGUUUCUCACCGUCUUCGUUAUUUCACGGAGAGUAUGCUUUUUAAAUGUCUUCCAGUUCUCACCUGAAAGCUGCUUGGUGGGAGCUAUGCGGCAAGCAAAGCGAAUGAACUUACCUGUGCAUUGUGGCAAAACUGUUACUUUGAUGGGUUUUGCGGCCCAACAAAUAGUAUUACUUUUAAAAGAUUUAUAUAUUUAUACACUCUCUGGAAAAACUACUGAGCCAUUAAAGCUUUCUUAUUAUUCGAUCCUAAUAGUGAUGCAGUUUUCUAUAGCUUAUUCUUGCGAUAAGUAGUAAAUUAUUUAUCGUAUUAAAUUUUCCACGUUGGUUGUAAACCUAAGGAAAUUGUACAGUUUCUCAGAAAAUUUUGUAAAUUAUUGCAACUAAUUCUGAAGCUGGAAUUGACACUAUAACGUCACAGUCUUUCAUUUGUUCACAGCAAACAUGUCUAUAUACGGUUGCCAAGCCUUGGUUUAUAAUUUAAACUAAUUAAAAUUUCUUAAUUUUACUGGAAAA